AUUACAUGAUCCCAUAGCCUGGUUGAGUUGGUCACUACCUGCGAAUUUCGAGUUGGGUAUCUGUGAUGGUUCUGAUCGUAUGCCGCACCCUUGAAGCGUAAUGUCGUAGGGAUCAAGUUUGUCUUUCUGAAAUGAAAUCGUUACUCUAUUCAAUCCACGAUCUCCACCUCUCGAUUCGUUUAUAAAUUCGGCUGAGUGCCCUGAAUCAGCGUCACCCAACCCUCUUGUCGACUUCGCUGUUGCCUUUUCGUUUAUAAUGAGCUCAUCCAUUACUGUACCACCUGGUAUUGAAGAUGAGCAACACAACGUGAUAGAGAUCACCGCUAAGGGUGGGGAUGACAAUUGGCUCCCGUUCGACAGAGAAAAGACAGGUCCCAUCGUCAAUGGCUUCAUCCACGACAGAAAAGAUGAAAAGUUCGCUUUGCUGUGGACCAAGGAAGGGUUCGGAGUGGGCCAUUAUGUCCCCAUCAUCGAGUUCGUCAAGGAGGGAGAGGAUGAGAUCGAAGUUUUAAAGAAUGCAGUAAAGGUCCAAACAGGAGGGCUCGAGCCCACUGAAAUAUCCGAUGCAGGGAAUUUCCUCGUUGUCAUUGAGGGGAAUCCUGUUGCCAUUCGGGCCAAAGCCUACAGGAUCACAGCUUGGGAAGGCGAUAUCGCGGAAACGCCGGAGAAACGACCAGAAUGGUUCAAAUCUUACAAUGAGACGCCCGCGAACGCAUCUUUGCCUCCUAUUCCGAUCGAGAAGACUUUUGAAGACGAACAAUAUUUCUAUCCUACUUUCUUUGCGCCCCAUGGGAAGCGUUCUGUAUCAAGGUCCGAUUUCGCUGCUCCUGCCAAGCCCGAGGAUGUCGUAGGUCCACUCCUGCGUUACUGGUUUGCUGCCGCCAAUUAAAAAGAGGGGAUCACCGUUUGAGCGAUAUCAACAGAGUCCACUAUUUUGCAG